AUGGAUCUCGAUCUCGCAGGUGUUCACGUUCUUGUGACUGGUGCAAACAGCGGGAUCGGACUUGAGACGACCAAAACCUUCCUCUCGCAAGGCGCUUUCGUUACAGCCCACUACCGCUCAAGCGCCGACACCCUCGCACCCCUCCUCUCCUCAUACCCCUCCCAUCUCCGCCUGGCCAAGGCAGACGUAACAUCCGAAACAGACGUCGCGGCACUCUUCACCUCAGCAUCAGCAUCAACAGAAACCGCCUCCCCAGGUCCAGUCGAAGUGCUCGUCGUAAACCACGGCUACUACGCGCCGCCCACACCUCUGAAAGACAUGUCUCUCGCGCACUGGACAGGCACACUCGACGCAAACGUCACGAGCGCCUUCCUCGUAUGUCGUGAAUAUCUUCGCGGGUUAGAGGCGGGCGUAGCGGCGAAGGGCGAGGGAAGAUACGGCGAGCGCGCUGCUAUCGUGUUCGUCGGCUCUACAGCGGGGAAGUUCGGCGAAGCGGGGAGCGCGGACUUUGCAUCGAGCAAGAGCGUGCUUAUGUACGGCCUGACCUUGACCUUGAAGAACGAGAUCGUACGCAUCGCACCGCGUGCUCGUGUCAACACCGUUGCACCGGGCUGGGUGCGGACGCCUGCUGUUGCGCACAAACUUGACGAUCCUUCCAUCCUGUACAAAGCACUAGCGACAACACCUUUGCAGAAAGUUGCCACGUCCGAAGACGUCGCGAGGCAGAUCGUGAUCCUAGCAAGCUCGAGUGUAUCGGGGCACGUCACCGGUCAGGUCGUAAUGGUACAUGGAGGAAUGGAAGGGCGUUUGCUGAAUCGGCCGACGGAUCUGGGAUUGCCCGCAACUGCGUAG